AAACCGUCCACAUAUUAUCUAUGGAGACAUUUCUUACAGUGUUAUCCAGAGUUAUGAACUUUACUUCGCUCAGUGUUUCGCGCGUGUCCAAUUAGUUUGUGGAAAUGCUUUUCUCUGUGUUAACGCGAAUUUUCGGAAGAGCCCUUCUACGGCUCGAUAGCGGGGAGAAGUGUGAACGAGUGUUGGACUCCGGACAUGUUGACUCUGGAUUCCUCUCGGAUGCGAACCUAGUAAGUUCGGAAAUUAACUUGGAAUUGGAGAAGCCGGAACUCAGGACACCUAUCCUUGGGAAAGUUCAAGUUUCACCGCAACCCAUGCGAGCUGACAGUGGAGUCGACGUGGGACUUAGUGAGAGCCUUGGUCAACUGACUAUUAAACCAGGCACGACCAAUUCUUUUGAUAACAAGGUUCAGUUUGAACCUACUUUAGAACUCGCACCUGUCACGGCGAAAAUCACUCGGUUACCUGAAACAAAACACCAACAGGAACAGCAACAGCUACAACAAGAAAUUAGUCAUCAUAAUCCUCAUUAUUAUCAUUACACCAGUCAGAAUCAGCAACAACAAAAGCCUCAUGUCCACCAAGAUCAGCAUCCGGAAAAUACAUCAAAGCAAUUCCCGCAACAGCCAUGGGAGUUGUACUAUAUGCAAGACGAUGACGGGGACACGCAACUGCACAUUGCAAUCGUUCAAGGAUUCCUCGAGGCAGCGCUCAGCUUGAUCAGGAUGGUGCCACAUUCAUGCCUACUGAAUAUGCUUAAUGACGAUGGUCAGUCGCCGUUGCAUCUGGCGGUUCUGACGCAUCAACCGAUCAUCGUGAGGCGCCUCAUUCUCGCUGGAGCAAAUCCUGCGCUGCGUAACUCCCGAGGGAACACGGCGCUGCACUUGGCCUGCGCGACGGGAGACAUUUUGUGCGCCGAUGCACUGACCAAGUCCGUAAUGACUUCGGAGAGGAAAUAUCUGAUCCCGAACAGACGGAUGCCUGCGCUGCCCCAGAACCUGGAGCAACGUAACUACGACGGAGAGAUGUGCCUGCACGUCGCAGCAGUCGGGGGCCACGUUGAACUGGUCAGAUUACUGCUGCGCUUGGGGGCCGACCUGGAGGCCAGGGAAGGCCUGUCCGGGAGGACCGCGCUGCAUCUCGCCGUGGAACGUGGAUGCCGCUCGGUCGUCUCGUUUCUUCUUCAAGAAUGCCGACCCUGCCUGGACGCCCCGACCUACGCCGGAAUCACCGCCUACCAGAUUGCGGCCUGCAUAGACAGUCAGCUCGCGCGAGAUCUCAUAAGGCUCGGCGCCACUCCUGAGCCUCCGCCACUCUCGGACUCUGACCUCAGCGAGGACGAGGACGGUGAGCAGGAUGCACCUUAUUUACCUGCCUUAGCACAGCUCAGACAGAGCGUCGGGGUGCACGGCUGAACUUUCAAGGACUCCCGCCGCGACAGCGUCCUUCCUCUCGAGGACCGGUCGACCGCGUCUCCUUCGUGGACCCUUCGCCGAGGCUUCCAGGCGACCCUCUCUCAAGGCUCACCGGGAACUCCUGCUAAAACCUCUGUGCUUGAAAAAAGAAACAGAGCUAGCUGUCUCUGAAAAUCGGCCAUGAGAACGAAGACUCGACGAUUCGACGUACCAAUUCGAUCGAAUCGAAGGAACGACUAGGAGCUGACGAGAGUCUCGUUACGUACGACGUGCGACGGAUCACUUCGGUCUGCCCUCAAACGGCAGGACACGUUGUCUACUAUCGACGUAGUUGCGUUUAGUUAAUGCCAAUCGGUAUAUCGAUAAAUACAAAACACUUUAAUCGAGACGAUUUACGCUUAGCGAUUUAUCAGGGAGUCUCUAGGAUGAGCGAAACGUCUUUAUCGACGUUUUAGAAUAGAAUUUCAGGCGUAACGACGUCGAUUCUUAUUCGCAGGAUGAACCGAGAGUCACGAUCAGUGGCUCGUUCUAUUAGACUUGUCAAACAAACUGUAAUUUUGUCACCCUGUGCAGUCCUUAAUUGUCCCUGUGUACAUAGCCAAUUCCCUAUAUUCACAAAUGGACUCGGCGUUAUUCAAUUGUGUUGUGCAUGUCUCUCCGUACGAAUGGAAAGGAGCGUGUAUGUAUCUAUGUAUGCAUGAGGAAAUGCGUGUCUGCCUAUGUAUUAUUAUAUUAAAAAUAUAUAUAUAUAUAUUAUAUUAUAUUCAUAUUAUAUCGAUCGUAUGAAUUAUUAUAUUUUAGUAAUAAAGAGACGUUUACAAAAGUUUAUCGCGAUGCGACGUGUGACACUGCCAUCUUUGAAGCCUCUUCUAGAGUAAGAUGACGACACCGAGCGCACCGCGUCAUGCCACUACGUAAUCAAAUUAGCAUCAAUCGCUGCGUAUAAUUAAUUUUGCACACCCAGAGAUACAGCCGCGUCCAUGUCUAAGUUCCUCGUACAUUGGGAGUAGACUGGAUACGCAAGGAGAAAUCUUCCUCGCGAUGUAUAUAGAGGCGUCAGGUUGGUGUUGCUGCGGCGUGGUGAAAAAAGAGGUCGAGGGUGAGGGGGCUGCCACCUUUCGGAAAAACUCCUGACUCACGCCUUUUUCGGUAUAACUGCGCCGAUCGAAAGUAUCGGACUUUCCGCAGCGUCAGAUGCACCGCAGAAUUAAUAUCGGCCACUUGUCGUGUUGUCGUGUAAAAAUGUGGAGCAAGAACCUCCUAGGUAUUUUCGGACGGACGCGUAACAGUCGUGGCAUUCCAAGAACCUGGGGGACUUAUUCCUUUUUGGGGGAGUUUGGUCUGCCGUUCGCUCUACGGGUUCCGGGAUAUAUUUGGAUCCGUGCUUCUCCCUCUGUCUGUAUAAAUCGUCUCGCCGGAUCACGCAUGCACGCACUCGCUCACGUAUGUACGCACCUAUGCACGCGAGACAUACGCACGCCGGGCUUUGCGAUUAUAAAUAGGAUUGUCUUAUUUAAAGAGUUACCACUGUCUAUCUUCGAUGUGCGCCGGUAUUCAUUGUCAGUCGGUUCGGUCGUCAUCAGUCAUUCUUAUAAUGACUCUCCUAUUCUCUGUCGUCGCUAUUGCAUACUUUUCUGACGGUCGUUUAAAAUUAUAUUUUUGUAUAUUUUUUUCUCUCUUUUUUUUUUCCGUGGAAUUUACCUGAGAACUGUUGGUUCUGUUGAAUACGGAAUAAAAGGAAAGUUCAUUAGAGUGCGAGGGUCAGUGCCCUUCCGGGCAUUGUGACGAUCUGCUCGGCUCUAAAAGACUUCCGAGCACUCAGAAAUAUUCGAAGCAAAUCGAAGUACUUUGCGAGGGGCUUUGAGUCUCUUGGGAAUCCCCAGGUCGGAGCACCGUACCUACAUCAGCUCGUCGGGAAUACCGCCGCACGUUACGGAAAGUGCUGCCAAAGUCGACAGCCGUGAAGUAUGAAAACCAGUUUUGUAACGCGUACAAGGAGAAAUCGUUUCGUUGCGAAUACUCUCGACUCUUUGAUACUCGGCCGGUAUCCCUCCACCUACCCCCGCAUGCAUCCUGUGGAAAAACCUACAUUCCGCCUGCACCAAGAUCAAUUGUAAGAAACGAGCCGGAUGUUAUGGAAUUCAGUGAAUCCGGCUCGAUGGGCUAUUUAAUUUGUGCACUUUAAACUCUCUGUCAAAAUCAUUGACUUUCGUUUCGUUAACGAUUGUUUUUCUCGGCUAAAGAAUGUACCUUUUUAUGCAGUGUAUGUUUGUCUCAUUAAAAAGAGAAUAAUAUCACGAUGCAUGUA